AAUUAGGGAAAUGGUCUCGACAAUGCUCAACACUUUAUGUUAUUUCAAGAGUACUUCAUUGCAGUUUUUAAUAUCUUUCCAGUAUUUUCGGUUUUUUAAGCAAACCUGUCAGACAACGUUUAUUUUAUUUACAUAGAAAACGGUCUUGUUAAACCAAUCUCCCUUUUUAGCAUAAACGAACGACAGGUAACGACAUUGCCUUAGUUUUCACUCGAAAACGCUAAAGAGAAGUUAAAGUUAAAAACUAUAUACUGGGCGAAACUGUGAGGGGUUUGCCACACGUUAUCAACUCCGUGGUCUAGCGGUUCCGGUGCAAUGGAAGAAUGGCUAGUUCGGCUCAUUUAGAGAGCGGACUUGCAACUGUUGUUGCUAUCGAUUGCAUUUUAUCUGGAAUCGUAUUUCCAUUCGGUUCUCCUUGCACCGAUGACGAAUACCGUAUCAUCGAAUUCAAGGAACCAAUAGAGAACAAGGUAAUGAAGGAUCACGUGAUCAGAAGUGCGGAGGUCAUUAGUGAAGGGAGCUGCCGAGUGAUGUGUUAUAUGGAACCCAACUGUGUGUCCAUUAAUUUCGGACCUUCUCACGGCGGGAAAUACAGAUGUGAAUUGAAUAGCGCCACCGAUGAAGACCACUUGACCGUCCUCGAGGAAAAGCAAGCUUUUACCUUCCUAGCUAUCGAGAAUCCCUGUAGAGCCAGUCCGUGUUUAAAUGGAGGUACUUGUCAAGUUGGAUUCACCAGUAAAGGUUUUCGUUGCAUCUGUCGCAGUGGAUUCCCAGGAACGAACUGUCGUCCAGCAAAGUCUUGCAGCGACUUAAAGAAGCUUGACCCAACAGCUGAAAAUGGUACUUACGUCAUUGAUCCAGAUGGUGAAGGAGACAUGCUACCAUAUAACGUCACCUGUGACAUGACUGACAAGAAUGGAGUUGGCGUGACCGUCAUUAGUCACGACAGCGAAAACAGAACGCUGGUGGAUGGAUGUGAACCUCCAGGUUGUUACGAACGUGACAUUAACUACACAGGAGCAAGUCCUCCUCAGCUGGCAAAGCUUGCUAAUAUUUCCGAACGCUGUGAACAGUUUAUCAAGUAUGAAUGCCUAAACUCUCAACUGUUUAAAAAUGAAUCGGACAAAGUAAUCGGAUGGUGGGUAUCACGCGAUGGCAAUUAUAUGAAGUAUUGGGGCGGUGCAUCACCUGGUAAUGGAGAGCAGAUUUGCGCAUGCGGGAUGAAUAAUUCGUGCGCAGGCACCGGCCUUGUUUGUAACUGUGAUAAGAAUGACAAUGUGUGGCGAGAAGAUAGCGGUUUCCUAACUGACAAGACACAUCUUCCAGUUAAACAGCUGAGGUUUGGAGAUACUCUUGAUACAAACGAGAGCAACGGUGAAGAUAAGGAACACGGUUACCAUACUCUGGGAAAGUUGAAGUGUUACGAUACGAUCUGAUGGUGACACCAUCAGGAUUGCCACUCUAUUUCUUUUUCAGUGCGUCCACUUUUUAGUGCAGAAUGUUAAAGGACUUAAAGAAAGAAGUUCGACGUAUCGAGUAAUUAUACCAUGUGAUCUCCAAAGACCUUAGAGAGUAAAAUAGGUUUCCAUGAGUUUUAUUUGCUCCUGUUUUAAAAUUGACCUUCUUAGCUUGUUUGGAUAUGCUUUUCUAGGGAAACCUCUCAACAAAAGGCAAUAGAAGUGAGAAAGUUUCUAAAAUUUAUUCUUACAUGCGGUACAUGAUACACCAAAUGUCCUGGUUAAGGAGAAAGGGCUUUAAGUAUUUUGGGUUAAUUUCAUGGUAGUGGAGCUUCUCUGAAUCAAACGGGUAGCAGUGUGAUUUGUUGAUAGUUCUGUUUGGUAGUUUGUGAAUAUUGAAACACCCUAAGGGACUGCAGUCUGAUCUAGUAUGGUUUUUAUGAAACAAAUAAUGGAUUUUGAGUAAAAACUAAACGAAACAUAAUCAAAAGAAAUUUAACAUGGUACAGUAUAAUAGGAAGUGUGAUACCAGAAAUCGGCCCCUUUCUUUGCUAAGGUGUAGGGACGCAAUGCUUUUAGGGUUUUUUAGAGCCCUUGUAGUUGUUAUGCAGCAUUUAUAUGAGCAGUGUUCAACCUUUCUUUACCCCGUAUAGUAGAUUCGCCUAAUUGAUGUAGGGUGAAUCAGACCGAGGCUUAUCAAGUACAGUUUUAUUUUGAAGGCUGAUUUGAAAUACUGUAGUUAAUUUUACUGGCGAAUUGUUUUAAAAUUUUCUGAAGGAAGUUCUUGCGACUCGACUAGAAGUAAUAUUUUGACUCCCGGACUCCCGGCCCCAAAUGGCAAAUUAACCUCAGACGAAUUUAUUUCAGUCUUUUGUUCCCCAGGGAUUUGAUGCUGAACUCUGGAAAAACCCCUUGCAACACAAAGGCUAGAAUUUUCUUCUACUUUGAGGCAAUCAUUUCAUCUCUUGUUGGGGCAUUCGCACAAAGGAAAAUUUUGAGAUUUUGGAAAAGACGUCACAAGCGGAACAAGGACCAUGGUCUCUCAGGUAGACAGACCCUUAUGCCCUUUUGGGAUUGAAAGAGUUACUUAAGCGUGUAUUAAUUUUUUAUACACAGCGAUCUAGACUAAUUUCAGGUGCGUAUUACAGCUGGGAAAAUUUGUAAAUAUCCUUUUUUCGUCUUCUCCGGUCGAGAGACUGUCAGGCGUCAGCUUCUAGGCUGGAAAAGAAUGGAAUGAACUGAGAGACAUUUUUUUUCCAGAUACGUAGAUGUAUGCUCUCCGUAACAUAGUUGUUCUAGCUUCAGUUAACGACGGCCGGGGUAUUUCUGACUGUAGAGAAGGAUGUAAUACAAUCACUGGUGUUCUCAGUACUCAUAUCCUAUAAUGCGUAUACUAAACUUUUUAGUUUCUUUCCAUGUCAGCGACUUUGUCUAGGGCAGUAAAAGGCUGUCAUUAAUUAUUCGCAAUAAUGAUUGUGAAAUUUAUUGAAGUGUAGGUCCUGAUGUAACAGAAAUUUCAAUACGCAUAAAUAUGCAUGGAAAUAUGAGUAGAAAAUUAGAUGAGGGCCGUACAGGGAAAUAUUGACCCGAGGGCGUGGCAAGACGAACCGAGCGCAGCGAGGUCCGUACAAAAACGAGCGAGGACUUAUAUUCCCCAGCAAGCUACAAUAGCUUAGAGAGUAGUUUUUUAUUUCCCUGCUUUCGUAGGCAAAAAAUGCACGGCUCAUGACCGUAUGGCAAAUCCUGACCGAAAAAGAACCAAUCAGAACGCUCGGAUUUCCCUCAAGACUACAUUGCCAUACACUGUAUGAUAACUGACAGUGUCAAAGAAUGUAACUAUUUUCUUGUUGGUACGAAAUGCACGUGUUCCGCCAUGGCAUUAAUUUAGUCUAUUGUUAUAAGCAUAUAUACAAGGUUUGACAGUUGUAAUGUAUGCAUCUCAGCUCUCAAACUUUCAAAGUUUAUUUCAGCAGCUCACAGUUUGAGCUGCACACCGAUCUCUGUUACGGGUCAUACGAAUAUAAAUAGCAAAGGAUAAAGUACAGAUUACAUCACUAUUGAACUUUACAUGUAAAUUUUUUUGGUAGUUUGCUGAAUAUCUUUCGUUAAAAUCGUGAUUGAAACGAAAUCUCUCAAAUAGUGAAAAAAUGCUAACAGAUAAAGUCUGAAGAUUUGAAACUGUAUUUCUAGAUGUAUGUAUACAUGUAAUUUACCAGCUUAACCAACAAGAUGCAAUAAACGAACUUUUAUGAAUCUGAAA